AUGCUUAAAGACAUAAAGGAAUCGGUGGUAAAGCCUGCUACAUCAUCGAUAAUUACUAUUGAAUUUCAUUCACAUAAGUUUACCCAGUGUGAAGCCAUUAUUCAUAAACAAUUAGCUCCUUUGUCAAGUAUUUCGAAUCUUCUUCCAACUGAUGCCCCACCUGUUCAAACAGGGGUGCAAAGGGGAGAAAGGGGAGUUGGAGAAGGAUCUCAUGUGAAGGCUGGAGGUGAUACUUCGCAUGGAGAAGCUAAGAUUGUGUGUAAAGUUUUUCCUUCGAAAAUUCCAUCGAAUAAGCCUACAAUUUCGAGUGCUGGACUAGUUACUUCAACUAUUGUAACGUACAUGUCAAUCACAACGUUAGUUACGAAGGGGAUUGUUAUUGGUUCUACUGACCAAGAUGAAGCUUUGAAAACAAAGGAAGCUACAAAUAAAUCAAUAUACAAAGGCAAGACAAUUGUUGUUCAAAAAUAUAAAGAAUAUGUGACAUCCCCAUUUUCAUGGCCAGAAAAGACCGAUUUUGUUUAUACUUUAUAA